GUUGACGUAUGACCACGUGAGCACAUAAUACAGCGCAUUAUUGUGGCAUUUGGAGCGGAGACCCAGACAGGCUUCGCCUGUGAUUACGUUUUCUAGAUUCUCUACAGAGCCAGAGCUUUCCCCCAACCCCCACGCACCCACCUCCUCCUUCUCCUUCCCCUUCUCCGGAGAGCGCUCUCUGAGCCGAUUGCAGUUUUCAGCACUCAUGGAGCGGUUCUGGGCGAGCUAGCCGAUGGAAGUCGAGGCUAUACCAGGAGGAUGGAAUUUAUUUUAAGGUCUGCGCGGGGCGGCCAUUGGCGGCGGAGUGUCACGUGACCGCGGGGGCGUGCCAAUGUGCGCCCUCACGGGUGUCAAACCCCUGUCAAAGUGUGCGAUCAAGAUCGUGAAACAACGCGAUGCAAAAAGCGACCUACUACGACAGCUCGGCGAUCUACGGUGGCUACCCCUACCAGGCAGCCAACGGGUUCGCUUAUAAUGCCAAUCAGCAGCCGUACCCGGCGUCCGCCGCUUUGGGCGCCGACGGCGAGUACCACCGACCCGCCUGCUCCCUCCAGUCUCCCUCCAGCGCCGGGGGCCACCCCAAGGCACAUGAACUGAGUGACGCGUGCCUGCGCACCCUGAGCGCCCCACCUAGCCAGCCUCCAAGCCUGGGCGAGCCGCCCCUGCACCCGCCGCCGCCCCAGGCCGCGCCCCCUGCCCCACAGCCGCCUCAGCCCCCACCUCAGCCCCCUGCACCUACCCCUGCCGCGCCCCCGCCUCCCUCUUCUGUCUCCCCUCCUCAGAAUGCCAGCAACAACCCUACCCCUGCCAACGCGGCCAAGAGCCCCCUGCUCAACUCACCCACAGUGGCCAAACAAAUCUUCCCCUGGAUGAAAGAGUCUCGACAAAACACAAAGCAGAAAACCAGCAGCUCCAGCUCAGGCGAAAGCUGCGCUGGCGACAAGAGCCCGCCGGGGCAGGCUUCGUCCAAGCGCGCGCGCACGGCCUACACGAGCGCGCAGCUGGUGGAGCUGGAGAAAGAGUUCCACUUCAACCGCUACCUGUGCCGGCCGCGCCGGGUGGAGAUGGCCAAUCUGCUGAACCUCACUGAGCGCCAGAUCAAGAUCUGGUUCCAGAAUCGUCGCAUGAAGUACAAAAAGGAUCAGAAGGGCAAGGGCAUGCUAACGUCAUCGGGGGGCCAGUCUCCAAGUCGCAGCCCCGUGCCCCCCGGAGCCGGUGGCUAUCUGAACUCUAUGCAUUCGCUGGUCAACAGCGUCCCGUAUGAGCCCCAGUCGCCCCCGCCCUUCUCCAAGCCCCCCCAGGGUACCUACGGGCUGCCCCCCGCCUCCUACCCUGCGUCCCUGACCAGCUGCGCACCCCCGCCACCCCCACAGAAGCGCUACACGGCGGCAGGGGCGGGCACAGGGGGCACCCCCGACUAUGACCCGCACGCUCAUGGCCUGCAGGGCAACGGCAGCUAUGGGACCCCACACAUACAGGGAAGCCCCGUCUUCGUGGGGGGCAGCUAUGUGGAGCCCAUGAGCAACUCCGGGCCAGCCCUCUUUGGUCUAACUCACCUCCCCCACGCUGCCUCGGGCGCCAUGGACUAUGGGGGCGCCGGGCCGCUGGGCAGCGGCCACCACCACGGGCCGGGGCCUGGGGAGCCGCACCCCACCUACACGGACCUUACCGCCCACCAUCCUUCUCAGGGAAGAAUUCAGGAAGCACCCAAGCUCACCCACCUGUGAUGGUGGGCUUGGGGCUACGCGCCAGGAGAGUCUCCCCCCACCCACCUUUUUUCUUUGGUUGCUUUUUUUUUUUUUUUUUUUUUAGGUUCUUCCUGCCCUUUCCUUCCUUCCUUUUCUCUCUUCUCCGCCCCGCACUCCGUUUCCCGGUUUCACCCCUCGUUGGUAAGGCGUUUUUAUAGUUUAUGUGACGUAGCAAUCUUGGUUGCUGGAAUGGCUGUAUCAUAGCGAUAUUUAUCUCUUCCUGCUCCUCGAUAGGCCACUGGCCCUGCACCCUUUACCUUCUCCACUCUUUGAUCAGAAACAGGGUAUAUGAACAAAUUUUCUAGUCGAGUUUUCAAUGUGAAUUUGUUCUUACAUUAUGGCUCCCGAGGGGAAGCGAUUACUUUUUUUAAUUUUAAAUUUUUUUUUAAUUGCACUUCUUGUAAAGAGUGAGAAAAAAAUCAAAGGCGCUUUGAAACAGGGGCUCUCUGUGCAAGGAUGACUAAGUGUACGUCUUUCCGUGUGUGUAUGCUGGUGAACAGUCAGAUUUAUUUAUAUUUUUUUGCAAGCAUUGAAUAAUCUAAGUUUUAAAUAUUAUUUAUCCCCAUCCGUUCGUAUUUAUAUUAAAGAAUUCUGUACCCUGAUGGUUCAGAAGGGUUCUUGGGCCUUUUGUUCAAUUGUGUAUUGGCGUACUUAGAAUUUUUUUUAUUUGAAAGAGAAAUAUAAUUCCUUUAAACGGUAAUGAUGCAAUAAAACCAGAGAAGAUCCAGCUUUUGAAAACAGUGAUUUAGGUUUGUAACAUCCGGCAAAACUGAAAAAAAAAAUCUGUAAACGCGAAAAAUACUAGAUUUGUUUUGAGAGUUCUACAUUCCUUGCUGCUCACAUUCUGAGAAAAAGAAAUAAAGUUUUUAUUCUGAAUAAUAUCCGUGUUAAGAAGGGGUUCUUUGGCCGAAGACGUGGG